UUCUCGAAAAGCAAUUAAAUUAGAGUGACCUAUCUUGAGAUAGGAAACUGUCUGAAAACGGUGUACAGUUCAAAAGUGAUAGUCCAAUACUGUCAAAAGAAGUUAUUAGUGUUGUCACUCGAUAUCAUUGGGGUUAACAUAAAUUUCAAUGACUCAACAGUUAGCAAAUUGUAUCUUUUGCAAAAUUAUUAGGAAUGAGGAGCCUGGCGAGAAAAUUUACGAGGACGAUGACGUUACGUGUAUUAAAGACAUUAAUCCAGCGUCCACCCAUCAUUAUUUGAUAUUACCGAAUAAACAUAUACGCAAUGCGAAAACACUUAAGCCUGAAGAUUCUGACCUUUUGGACAAAAUUAUUGCUACGGUAGACAUUAUUUCUGAAAAGCUAAAUCUUGAUCCUGCAUCUAUACGAACAGGAUUCCAUUGGCCGCCGUUUAAUACUGUUGAUCAUUUACACUUACACGUUAUUUCGCCAGUAGAAAAAAUGAAUGCUAUGAGAAAGUUCAUGUUUAAUCCCAGUACAUUUUGGUUUGUGAGUGCAGAUUAUGUGAAAUCUCGUCUGGAAACCUGUAAAUUAUAAAAUAUUAUUAUAACCUUACUUGUCACUCGUCUUACCAGCAACAAGAUGAAAAACUUGUAUGAUUUGCUCAAUGGAGCACCUGAUGCGGUUGCGGAUGUAAAUAUAUUUAUUGCGGAAAUGGCAAA